GACAUGCUCAGUAGCGCCCGGGCAGGACAGGCGCAGAGUAGAAUUACAAUGUUCAUGUUGUGUUGAUGUAUUUUAAACAUCCAGAUAUAAAUCGCGAGGCGACUUUUUGUUAUAUCUGAAUCUUUGCAGUGACUUGUAUAAGAGAACCGCAGUGAACUAGCGGGUCUACUACACGGAUCAUUUUGGAUCUUUAUCCCAGUUGCUCCGAAAGCUUCCAUACAUCCAGCACUAAACCAUUCUAACGGAAUCUGUCUCUCCGACCUGCAGUGUACAUCAGACGGUCGUCAAUAGGUGACAGCAUCGAACUAUUGGGACUCAAUAUCAUGGCAGAACAUCUGUCCCAGAGCGAACUGGACUACCCCUUUAAACUGCUGGAGUAUUUCAAUGGAUUCAGAGUCUCAAAGGUUAUCUUCUCAGCCUGUGAGUUGGGGGUGUUUGACCUCCUGCUGCUGUCCCAGAAGCCUCUAUCUGCGGAGCUCGUAGCCCAGGAGCUGGGCGCCAGCGUGGACGGGAUUGAGCGCCUUCUGGACGUACUGGUGGGAGUCGACAUCCUGGAGGUGGAGCAGAUAGAUGGGACAGCCUGUUACAGCAGUACUGAUGUGGCCAACCUCUACCUGGCCAAGGGCAGCGCCAAGUCUCUUCAUGACAUGAUCAUCUACCAAUCACAGACCAUCUACCCUCUGUGGAACAACAUGGUGCACGCUGUCAGAGAGGGGAAAAACCAAAAUGAAAAAACAUUUGGCAUCUCACCUGAAGACAUCUUCCAAACCAUCUACAGGUCAGAGGAGGAGAUGCUGAAGUUUAUGGGUCUGAUGAACUCAACAUGGAUCCUGGAUGGACACGACAUCGUCACAGCCUUCAACCUCUCCUGCUUUAAGGCCAUGGUGGACCUUGGAGGUUGUUCGGGUGCUCUGGCCAGGGAGCUGUCCAAGGCCUACCCCUCCUCCUCCGUCACGGUGCUGGACCUUCCUACUGUCAUCCAGACAGCCAGACAGCACUUCUCUGAACAGGACGACACCAUCGUGUUUCAGGAGGGAGACUUCUUUGACGGAGACAUCCCUCCAGCUGAUCUGUACAUCUUGGCCAGAAUCCUCCAUGACUGGAAGGAAGAGAAAUGUGUUCAGCUGCUGAAGAAGAUCCAUGCAUGUUGCCAACCAGGUGGUGGGGUUCUGUUAGUGGAGGCUCUACUGUUUGAGAACCGUCGAGGUCCGGUCAUGGCUCAGAUCUUCUCCCUCAACAUGUUGGUCCAGACGGAGGGGAAGGAGCAUCCUCCCUCUCAGUACUCUAACAUGCUCUCCUUCGCUGGCUUCCACAACGUCCAGGUCUGUCGGACAGGGAAGUCCUACGAUGCCAUCCUGGCCAUCAAAUGAACCUGUCAGGCUGUUUAGACCAUGAAAUCUCUAUGUUUCAGACCGGAUAUCUUAGGAAGUAUCUAUCUUGUGUGAAGCCUCCUUGUUAGCAGUCUGUCUGCAUGAACCUCACCCUUCAGAUGCAGCGGACCCGAUAGUCUCCUGGUGACUCUGUUAUUGGCUAGCUAAGAUGACAUCACAGUGUUUUUGGCUUGCUAAGAUGACAUCACAGUGUUAUUGUUUUUACUAUUUUUUCAGGGUCAUGUCUUCUCCCUCAAAUGCAAAUAUUUUGUUUUUCCGUGCAUAUAGUCUGUAUAUUAUCUGAGAUGUUAUGGCAUAGUGAUGUUAUUCUCACUUCAAAGACGAGGAAAAAUGUGGGCAUAACUGUAAACUCACAUUUUAAACUUGGUAAUAUUAUACCUGUUAGUAAUUUCCUAUUAAAGGAGUUUCCUCACCAACAA